GUAAUUAGCACAGCGCCGCACAUCUCACACCAUGGCUGAAGAACAAGAGCUCCUCGACUACGGCAGCGACGAAGAAGUUGCUGUCGACAACAAGGCCGCCGUAGCCAAGGAGACCAAGAAGGGCCAUUAUGUCGGGAUCCACAGUGCCGGGUUCAAGGACUUUUUGCUCAAGCCCGAAGCACUGCGUGCUGUCGUCGAUUGCGGGUUUGAACACCCGUCGGAAGUGCAGCACGAAUGCAUUCCUCAAGCCGUGCUCGGCAUGGAUAUCAUUUGCCAGGCCAAGUCUGGGAUGGGGAAGACCGCUGUGUUUGUUCUCGCCACGUUGCAUCAAUUGGAACCUGUGGCCAACCAAAUCAGCGUUGUCGUGCUGUGCCACACUCGUGAACUUGCUUUUCAAAUUGCGCACGAGUACGAGCGUUUCAGCAAGUAUUUGCCGGAUGUGAAGACAGCAGUUUUCUACGGCGGUGUGCCCAUCGUGCAAAAUCGAGAAACGUUGAAGAACAACCCUCCUCACAUCAUUGUUGGCACACCUGGUCGCGUCCUCGGUCUGAUCAAGGAAAAGACUUUGAAGCUUGACAAGGUGAAGCACUUCGUCAUGGACGAAUGUGACAAGCUUCUCGAUGCUGUCGACAUGCGCCGCGAUGUGCAAGAAAUUUUUAAGUCGACGCCGCACGACAAGCAAGUCAUGCUCUUCUCGGCCACGUUGAGCAAAGAAAUCCGUCCCGUGUGCCGCAAGUUCUGCCAAGACCCCAUGGAAAUUUACGUCGACGAUGAAACGAAGUUGACGUUGCACGGAUUGCAACAAUACUACAUUAAAUUGCAAGAGUCUGAAAAGAACCGCAAGUUGAACGACUUGCUGGACGCACUCGAGUUCAAUCAAGUAGUAAUCUUCGUGUCGAAGAAAAACCGCGCGCGCGAACUGAGCCGUCUCUUGAACGAAUGCAACUUCCCGUCGAUUUGCAUUACGGCGGACCUGCAACAAGAAGAACGCAUUAAGCGUUACAAGAGUUUCAAGGAUUUCCAAAAGCGCAUCCUCGUUACGACUGACUUGUUUGGUCGCGGCAUGGAUAUUGAGCGUGUCAACAUCGUUGUCAACUACGACUUCCCCAACGACUCGGACCAGUACUUGCAUCGCGUCGGCCGUGCCGGUCGUUUCGGUACCAAGGGGUUGUCCAUCAGCUUCAUCUCGUCCAACGAAGACUCGGACAUGCUUGCCAAAGUCCAAUCUCGAUUCGAAGUCAACAUCCCCGAACUUCCCGACCAAAUCGACAUUUCGACCUACAUGGCCACCUAAAUUUUGAUUCUGCACCGCUCCUGCUGCCGCCAUGGCCACUCUAAUCUUGAUAAUAUCCACUCCCACUCCGCGUGUUGGCCUGGUCUAUCCUCAAGCAUCUCGCUGUGUGUCCACGUCGUGUGAACGGUCGGGUCCGGUGGAUGGCCUCUCCAUUGAAGGAGUGCUCAAUGCCGGCCACCUAUCGACAAGAACUGUAUUGCGCACUGAAUCAGCGACAGCUCUCCCUUUCGUGUCGUUGCCGCGUGAAAAUGAGUUGAAGUUGCUGAAUCAAUUGCUGCUGGCCGGUCGAAGGACAGCCUUCACUAGCAUCGAUCAAUGCGACUCCGCUGACACACUGCAUCGGAGUCGCCUUGACAAGAAGACGUCGACUUUUCUCUUUGGAAGUGCCCUCAGUCGAAUUCACAUGGACACGACGUUCCGCUCGCUGUCCAAGCGCACUUGCAGGUUAGUUUGCAUGGUACUUGUUCUCGUACUUUAAACAAGAAUACCCGCUUCUAGCGACGCUGCCGCUUGAACGGAGCAGGGUUGAUGGGUUUGAGGCCGCUCAACUUGGACGCAUAUUGGGCACGCAACCUACAGACACGGUGAUUCGGUCGUUCGUUGAGGCAUCACGCACUCGUCGUUUUUGAGCGGAGUGAUGUGGUCAGUGGUAUCUUGAUCUGUCAAGUGGGUGUACUUGGUCCUACGCAUGCGCCAAUUUAGUCAAGUCGCCUUCAAAGGUCCAUCGCCGUACCGCCCAGACUUGCCGAAGUUCUUGACCUGCAUGACAGCGGGCAGGUUCUCCCGGUUCGUCUUGUCCUCGAGCGUCGGUUCAUCGGCCUCACGUCGCCGGACGUCGUUCUCCGACGUGACGCUCUUGUCGUCCACGUAAAAUGCACCCUUGUGGUAAUACUUUUGCAUGAACUUCCACUUUUUCUUUUCC